AUUUCAUCCCAGGGCAAGGGGAGGGAUUGUGAAUUGGAGCUCCUGCGUGGUGGGAGUGAUAUGGUGAUGGCACCCAUGGUAUGCACCCAAUCCAGCCACAUUGUUGGGUGCCUCGCCUCGCCAUCAAACAAUGGCCACUUGACCCAGCGACAAAGCACUGUCAUACUACCCGGACUAGGCAAUAACACUGGAGACUAUGCUCCACUCUCGUCAGCUCUCCGCAGCAAAGGAUUUCCAGUCAAGGUUUUGAAAGUUUCGAGGCUGGAUUGGCUACGAAAUGCUGCUGGUUUGCUCGACGGGAAUUACUGGAGAGGAACGCUCAAGCCCAGGCCUGUUCUUGACUGGUACUUGGAAAGAAUAAAAGUUGCUAUUGAUGCUGUCAAGGCCAAGCACGGUCAUGACAAAGUCUCGCUGAUUGCUCAUUCAGCGGGAGGAUGGCUUGCCCGGGUUUUCAUGCUGGAGUUUGGAACCGACGAUAUUUCUCUUUUGCUCACACUUGGAACUCCUCACUUGCCACCUCCAAAAGGAGUCCCCGGUGUUUUCGAUCAAACACGGGGCCUGCUAGACUACGUCGAAGAGAAGUGCCCCGGGGCCUUUCAUGCUCCUCAAGUAAAAUACGUUUGCAUUGCUAGCAGAUAUAUAAAGGGUGCUACUCGAUCUAAAUCCCCGGAUGCUGUGGUAGCAGCAGGCGUUGGAAGUGUGACAACAGGCACGCUGGUUGAAACAAUAGUAGAAAGCGACGAGGAAGAAAUUGACGAUGGGGAAGAAUUAACUCCUUCGUAUGAAGAUAGACUUAUUGGCCAAGGAUACAAGCAGGUUUGUGGGAGAGGUGAUGUGUGGGGCGAUGGUGUUGUUCCUGCAAUGUCAGCACAUUUGAGAGGAGCAACAAACAUAACAUUUGAUGGUGUCUACCACUCACCUGUUGGUGCGAAUGAUGAAGAGAGGCCAUGGUAUGGAUCUCCCAAAGUUCUUGAUGAAUGGAUCAAGUUCCUUGAAUAGAAGUGAAAUCUUGGCAAAAGAUAAUGUGAAUGGCUGCAAGCAGGAUAAUUUUUCUUUCUGUGGGAUAAGAGGUAUACUAAGAAUGUCAUAACCCAAAAUUCUAGAAAAGUU